AUGUUGAGACAACUGGCAGGAAGACACACAACGGUUCCGGUGCCGUCCAUUGCCAAGCUGACUACGGACGGGCAGGACCUGUUGGAUGCGCUGGCACGGUUCUCCUACUUCGAUCGGUGGUCGGACGAGCAGCGGCGGGACUGCUGCCACCGGGCACAGAUCCGUCAGUUCGAACCCGACCAGACCGUGUUCGUCGAAGGGCAGGCACCCGUCAACUAUGCACACUUUAUGCUGAGCGGUGAGUGUGGGUUGCUGCAGUGUUUGCGGCUUCAUCGGCGCCGGGAUCGGCGCACUGGGGCGAAACGAUACCGUCUGUCCAGGGCACAACCGACCGAGGAUGAAAUUACACGGUUCCAUCGACGCCGCCAUCAGGUUGCGGAACUACCGCAGACAGAGGAACAUCCGGCCAGGUAUGUUGCCACACGUCAACUCCCUGCAACCGAGCGACGCAAGUCAACCAAGUUCGAGCACCACUUCGUGGACAUUGCUACGUACAGCCGCGGUUCAGUAUUUGGCAUCGGUGAGCAUAUGGUCGACAGGGCUGUGUUCGCACGCACCAACGUCCAGUGUUUGUUGAUACCGCGCUACUGGCUGCUGGAGAAACCCCAAAACCGUGGUAAUAUCUGGAACCGCAUCCGGAUCUUUCUCGAACAGCGGCAACCGUCGCGCGAACGGUUGUUUCGUUGGUUUCUCAACGAGCUGCUCUGGCACCGGUACCGUAAGCAGCUGGUGGAUGAUUUCCUACUAGUGCAUGCGCCACGUCAUCUGCCACGAUUGAUCGAUGUCCCGCUGGUGUGCCGCAUCGAGGAGUGUGACGUGCCGAACGAAACCGGCUAACC